AUGCUGAGCCUCAGCCUCUCUAAUUCAGUGCAUCCUUCGGCGCAGCCGAAGCCGGGCCCAUCUCAGCUCGGACAGAGCCAACCAGCGUGCUCCAGCAGAAAGGCGCCGGUUCCACAUCUCACCGUUGCUUCCUUGGCAGCUGGGGCCUUUGUGGCAGAAAGGCGCCAGGCACGAUGGCGGCGGAGCACCUUGCUUGUCAGGGCUGUCAGGUCAGAAACUGACAUCUUCCAAAAAUUCGAGACCCUGACUGCAACCAAGCAGUUGGCAGAAAGAUCUGGCGAUCAAGAAGUGGUGAGCCGGAUCGACGCACUCCUCAAGCAGCACGAAGAGAGCAAUCCCGUGGCAGCGCUUGCGUGGCGCCGGCAAAGACGACUCCAAGUUGCUUGCGACACGGUUCUGCUCGGGGGAGACACACUCAAAGCACGGAAGGAUGCCAUCGGCGUUCUCAAGGACUUGGCUGCUCCACCAUUGCCAACCCCAGAAGCCGAGGAUGCUCUCUUUCGCAUCUUGCGUGAGGUUGUGGGCGCAGAUGCGGCUGAGCUGAGGCAGGCAGCAGACGAGGCCUUGUGGCACGUCUGGCACCAGACAGACGAUGAGGACGCAGCGGAGAUGAUGAGAACAGGUUGCAGCUACAUGGAGGGCGACCGAAUCUCGGAGGCUUUGCAGCUCUUCACCGAGUUGGUGCAAGAAUCCCCUUCCUUCGGAGAGGCCUGGAAUAAGCGGGCCACUGUCUAUUACAUGCUUAAGGAGUUUCAACAGUCGAUUGAGGAUUGCGAGAAAGUGCUGGAAUUGAAUCCACGCCACUUCGGCUGCUUGUCCGGCCUCGGGAUGUGCUAUGCGGCUUUGGGUGAGCCGGCCAAAGCAGCGCAUUGGUACAAGAAAGCCCUUAGCGUACAUCCUUUCAUGCGAGGCCCGCGGAAAGCACUCGACGGGCUGGAGCGGGAGAAGUAUGUAGAGGAGUUCUUUGAGCCAAAGGUGAAGACGGCCAUGGAGUCCUUGACAGGUGAUGCCUUCUGGCCCGCCGAGAACCCUGAGGGCAUCCAUUUGGAAUGGGAUGUACACCGAAUAAACUUAGAGAAAAGUAACAGGAAUCCCAAUGCAGGUGCUCACACCUACUUCUUCCGAGCCUGCGUGAGAAACAGGGCCCUGGGCACGCGUCAAGUUCGCAGCCUGGCUCGCUUCUAUGCUCUCCGCUUUGCCUCGGGGAAGAUCUUCCCGCUGAAACGCCCUACCUAUGGCGAGGCUGAGUUUGUGCUUGAGCCUGGUCAGGAGUACAAGUACUCCUGGAUCUUCACCACAGAUACCGAUUUGGUAGGAAUGGUCGGCGGCAUGCUGCUCGAGCGCUUGGACCGUGUCGAAGCAGCAGAGGACGACCGCUUCUUGUUUGCCAGCCUUGGAAAACUCUCUUUCGAGGAGGCGCCAACGGUGCCGAUGCACAAGGUAGAGUACAUGAAUCAAGGGCAUAUCUACAUGGGUGAGCUGAAUUUCAAAGCCUCCCGGGAUUCGUAG